CCAAGCGACCCGGAAGUUAUACUUGCAAGCACGGCUUUCCGUCCCACAAUCCAUUGCGCUCUUCCUUUCCAGCUUGGCCCCGGCAGAAUGGCUCCCGCGAAGAAGGGUGGCGAGAAGAAGAAGGGCCGUUCUGCCAUCAACGAGGUGGUGACCCGAGAAUACACAAUCAACAUUCACAAGCGCAUCCACGGAGUGGGCUUCAAGAAGCGGGCACCUCGUGCACUUAAGGAGAUCCGGAAGUUUGCCAUGAAGGAGAUGGGGACUCCAGAUGUCCGCAUUGACACCAGGCUCAACAAAGCUGUCUGGGCCAAAGGAAUAAGGAAUGUCCCAUAUCGCAUCCGUGUACGGUUGUCCAGAAAACGUAAUGAGGAUGAAGAUUCACCAAACAAGCUGUACACUUUGGUAACCUACGUCCCUGUUACCACGUUCAAAAAUCUCCAGACAGUAAAUGUGGACGAGAACUAACUUUCAAUAAAGUUACAAAACUGCC